UCCCAAAUUAGUUAUAUUGUUUGUUCCUAAAAUCAGAUUAGCUACUCAUAGUAAUGAAAGAAAAACAAAAAGUUAUUAUGGAAGACAUGACCAGGUUUUGAAUAAGAAUGUAGAAUAAGAAUCAAUCUUUCACCAAGAUCUUCUUUCCCUUCCAAUUUAUGCUUUAACCCUUGAAUUGCUUGUUGUUUUGUUCUUUUGAAUUCUUCUCUUUAGAUUCUCCAAUUAUGUUAUCUUGCCUAUCAAUGUGUGAAGAAUUCCUCAAAAAUGUGAGAAAGAUGUAUUUACAGGUCUGUUUGUGUAGAAAGUAUGGUUUUUAUGGAUUUCAAAAGGCCUAAAAACGCGCCCUAAACAAUCCCGGCGCAACGCCUAAGCGCCGCAUCAAUUUUAAAUGCAGCGUCUAGACGCUGCCUCUCGGGUUCAAAUUUCAGUUUUUUUUUAAAGUUUCGUAGCGCCUAAGUGCUACAUAUGCAGUGCCUAGGAGUUGUCAUUCUGCUCCAAUUUCCUUAUUUUUGGUCUAUUCGUCUGCUUUAGUUCCUUUUUUUGCAUCGCAUUUCCUAAUUUUCAAAACAACAUUAACAAACACAUCAAAAACUUUCUAUUCUCACAAAAUCUAGUAAAUAAUCAAGCUAAAAUUGUGCAAAAUUCAUGAGUGAAAUAAACUCAUCAAUUGUUAGAAGUGUUUUUACUGGAUUUUCAUUUUGUCUUAAUCAUACAUAUUUCCUGUGCACCAGAUCAUCACUUUUAACAAGUCUGAACAUACCAAAAGCAUCUCCCCCAACUGCUGUCGAGGGGGAAAAUUCUCAGGAAACUGGUACGGUUCCUACCCCCGUAGUUAUAAUAGAUCAAGAUUCAGACUCUGAUGCCACCGUUGUGGAAAUUACCUUUGGAGAUCGCCUUGGCGCCCUUUUGGACACCAUGAAGGCGCUUAAAAAUCUCGGAUUGAAUGUCAUCAAGGGAAACGUCUACCUCGAUUCAUCUGGCAAGCACAACAAGUUUGCUAUUACUAAAGCUUCUACAGGUAGAAAGGUGGAGGAACCCGAGUUGCUGGAGGCAAUUCGUUUGACAAUCAUUAACAACCUGCUUCAGUAUCAUCCGGAGUCAAGUGCUCAGUUGGCAAUGGGUGCUGCAUUUGGUGUUCUGCCACCAAAUCAGACGGUUGAUGUGGAUAUAGCAACCCAUAUCAAUGUUAAAGAUGAUGGUCCUGAACGAAGCUUACUAUAUGUGGAGACAGUAGAUCGUCCUGGAUUACUGGUUGAUCUUGUGAAGAUUAUUACUGAUAUAAACAUUGCUGUCGAAUCAGGAGAGUUUGAUACAGAGGGUUUGUUGGCUAAGUCGAAGUUCCAUGUAAGGUACAGGGGUAAAGCUAUCAGCAAGCCCCUUCAACAGGUACUUGCGAAUAGUUUACGGUACUUCUUGAGGAGACCGACCACGGAAGAUGCAAGUUUUUGAUACAUUAAUGGAGAAGUCGACGGCAAAAAUUAGGUUUUAUUACAUAUUCUUCUGAGAAUCAGUUGAGGCGAACAAUUUCUUCUUAAACUGGCAACAUUUUAUGAAGCCUGGAAAAAAACCAUAAUCUUUAAUUGUUGGCUUAUAAUAGUAGCUGUAUCUGCAGAAGUAAUCUCGACUCAUGAAUAUCUAACCAAGUCUUAUUUUCAAUAAUUUUGGAGUUGGCUACA